GGUUGUUAGGAGUCUUUGGGGCAGAGGGAACGGAGGCUGUCUGUCGGAUGCUGGGGAGCCCAGAGUUCCCUCUGCUGUCCAAGGUAGGAGACGUGACUAUAGGAGGAGCCUUCUCCAUCCACAGCAAAACCACACAGCCCCCGCUCUCCUUCACAGAAACACCACCGCCUCUCACCUGCUCCAGUGUAAACCUCAGAGAGUUCCGAUUUGCUCAGACCAUGAUCUUCGCCAUCGAGGAGAUCAACAACAGUGACACUCUGCUUCCGAAUGUCUCUAUUGGAUAUCGUAUUUAUGACAACUGCGGUUCGACUCUGUACUCUAUGCGUGCGGCCAUGGCCCUGAUGAACGGUCAGGAGAGGACGGUGGGAAAGGCCUGCUUUGGCCAAACAGCAGUUCACGCCAUCAUCGGAGAGUCAGAGUCCUCCUCCACUAUAGUGAUGUCACGCACCACCGGUCCAUUCCAGAUACCUGUGAUCAGCCACUCUGCCACAUGUGAGUGCCUUAGCAGCAGAAAGGAGUACCCUUCUUUCUUCCGAACCAUCGCCAGUGACCUCUAUCAGAGCAGAGCACUGGCCCAGCUGGUCAAGUACUUCGGCUGGAGCUGGGUGGGAGCGGUCAACAGUGAUAGUGACUAUGGCAACAACGGCAUGGCUAUCUUCCUGGCUGCAGCCCAGGAGGAGGGUGUCUGUGUGGAAUACUCAGAGAAGUUCAGCCGGACGGAGCCAGAGAAGCUGUUAAAGGUUGUUAAUGUGAUCCGAGGUGGGACGGCCAGGGUGAUUGUAGGCUUUCUGGCCCACGUGGAGAUGAACAACCUACUGGAGGAGCUCAGUCUGCAGAACAUCACCGGCCUACAGUUUAUUGGUGUGGAGGCCUGGAUCACUGCAGACAGCCUGGUCACCCCUACCAGCUACAGUGUGCUGGGGGGUUCACUGGGGUUCGCUGUCCAGAAGGCCAACAUCAGCGGCUUCUCUGACUUUGUGAUUAAGCAGUUCUGGGACACGGCAUUUCAAUGCACAGAGACAAGCCACCAGGAGAGUGUGAGUAGUCUUUGUAGUGAGAGUCAGGAUCUGAUAGAGCUGAGAGAUUAUAAUGAAGAUGUGGAUGAGCUCAGAUACUCUAGUAAUAUCUAUAGGGCCAUAUAUGCAGUGGCCCACUCGCUGCACAGCUUGCUAAAGUGCAAAGACGGACACGGAUGUGAUCAAAAUGUUAGAACUGAACCUUGGCAGGUAGUGGAGUCUCUGAAGCAGGUGAAUUUCACCAUAAAGACAGGGGACCAGGUGUGGUUUGACAGUACAGGUGCUGCAGCAGCCAGGUACGAGGUGGUGAACUGGCAGCGUGGGCCAGACGGAGGGGUCCAGUUUAAACCAGUGGGCUACUAUGAUGCCUCCCUACCCCCGGGACAACAGUUUGUCCUCAGGACAGAGGACAUCAUGUGGCCUGGGGAGCUCCAACAGAUGCCUGUGUCAGUGUGCAGUGAGAGAUGUCCCCCAGGCACUCGUAAGGCUGUGCAGAAAGGAAAGCCCGUAUGCUGUUAUGACUGUGUUCCAUGUUCAGAGGGAGAGAUCAGCAACGCUACAGAUUCUAAUGGCUGCAUAGACUGCCCUGAUGAGUACUGGUCCAAUCUUGGCAGAGACAAAUGUAUAUUUAAGGCUAUUGAGUUCCUGACCUUUACUGAGCUCAUGGGGAUUGUACUUAUGCUUUUCUCCUUGUUUGGAGUGUUUCUAACUGUGCUUGUGGCUAUUCUCUACUUGAUAAAGAAAGACACUCCCAUCGUCAGGGCCAACAACUCUGAGCUGAGCUUCCUGCUGCUCUUCUCCUUGGCUCUGUGUUUUCUGUGUUCUCUUACUUUCAUUGGCCGGCCCUCUGAAUGGUCCUGUAUGCUGCGUCACACAGCGUUUGGGAUCACCUUCGUCCUCUGCAUCUCUUGUGUUCUGGGGAAAACAAUAGUGGUGUUGAUGGCCUUCAGGGCUACGCUUCCAGCCAGUAAUGUCAUGAAAUGGUUUGGUCCUCCACAGCAGAGACUCAGUGUUCUGGCUUUCACUCUCAUACAGGUCCUGAUCUGUGCUCUUUGGUUAACAGUCUCCCCUCCUUUCCCCUACAAGAAUAUGAAAACCUACAAGGAAAAGAUCAUUCUAGAGUGUAAUGUGGGAUCAGCUAUUAGUUUCUGGGUUGUGUUGGGUUAUAUAGGACUCCUGUCUCUCUUGUGCUUUGUGCUGGCUUUUCUGGCUCGGAAGCUGCCUGAUAACUUCAACGAGGCCAAAUUCAUCACCUUCAGCAUGCUCAUAUUCUGUGCAGUCUGGAUCACCUUUAUCCCAGCUUAUGUCAGUUCUCCAGGGAAGUUCACUGUAGCUGUGGAGAUCUUUGCUAUUCUGGCCUCUAGUUAUGGAAUGCUCUUCUGUAUAUUUGCACCUAAAUGUUAUAUAAUUCUGUUUAAACCUGAGCUAAAUACCAAGAAACAUAUGAUGGGGAAAAUGAAACGAAAUGAAAACUUACACUAAAAUCUUUCCAUGUGCUGCUCUGCUACCUAAUAUAAUGUUACAUACCCUACAUUAUUAAUCUCAUAUGCAUACGUAUAUACUGUACUCUAUAUCAUCUACUGCAUCCUUAUGUAAUACAUGUAUCA